AUGGAGUUGCUGCAGGUCUUGAGGCGAGGACUGCAGCAGGUCAGCGGCCACAACGGCCUCCGAGGCUGGCUGCGAAUGCUCUUCAGGACAAAUGAUGUGAGGGUUGGUACGUUGGUGGGGGAAGACAAAUAUGGAAACAAAUACUAUGAAGACAACAAGCAGUUUUUUGGCCGUCACCGAUGGGUUAUAUACACUACUGAAAUGAAUGGCAAAGAUACAUUCUGGGAUGUGGAUGGAAGCAUGGUGCCCCCAGAGUGGCACCGUUGGCUUCACUGUAUGACUGAUGAUCCUCCAACAACAAAACCACCGACUGCUCGUAAAUUCAUUUGGACAAACCAUAAAUUCAACCUGAGUGGCACUUCAGAGCAAUAUGUACCUUAUUCCACCACUAGAAAGAAGAUUCACGAGUGGGUCCCACCUUCAACACCUUACAAAUAA